CAGUGCACACUCUUGAUGAAUGUCUGUCUGUGUACUUGCAUGUAGGUGUUUAAAUAAAACUUACAAUAACAAAUGCUGAGCUUGAUCCAUUUAAAUUCAUUUAGACUGUGGUCAUAGAGCAUGCACUGCAUUGUUCUAUAGAAAAACAAAGUAAUGGGUUCACCUGGCAGUCCUCCUGCAUCUGGAGGAAUGAGACACCGUUGGAUUAUUCUGCUCUUUGGGCUAGGGCUGACAGGAGCAAAGUUAACAGGGGAAACAGAAAUCGAUGUGGAUGAGGGCCGUGAUUGGGACAUCAUUAACAUCAAUAAAGAGGCUGGACUGAACCUUACUGAGGGAGACAUUGAAGAGGGCGUGUUGGGAAACUCUAUAAUAGGAAAUCAGUAUCGCCAGCCUACAACUGUUCCCUACUACCUGGAGAGGAACUUGGAAAUGAAUGCAAAGGGGGUGAUCCUGAAAGCAUUUGACCAGUACAGACUCAAGACCUGUAUCGACUUUGCACCAUGGAAAGGAGAGCAAAACUACAUCUCUGUUUAUAAAGGCAGUGGAUGCUCCUCUCAAGUAGGAAACCAGCGUAUAGGGAAGCAGAGCCUGUCUAUUGGUAGAAACUGUGAUCACUUAGCAACUGUUGAGCAUGAGUUCCUGCAUGCUCUUGGUUUCUGGCACAAGCAGUCCAGAUCUGAUCGUGACGACUAUGUUGACAUCAUUUGGAAGAACAUUGAAUAUGGUCACGCGCAUAACUUCCUGAGUUAUAAUGACUCUGUGUCCAGUGCUCUGGGUGUUCCCUAUGAUUUCAACUCUGUGAUGCACUACAGUAAAACAGCCUUCAGCAUUGGGUCUGAUCCCACCAUCGUCACCAAGAAUCCCCUCUUCGCUGAUGUGAUUGGUCAGAGGAUGGAGUUCAGCGCCAGUGAUAUUAUUAAACUCAACCGCCUCUACAACUGCACCACAUCUUUAACCUUUGUGGACAGCUGUAACUUUGAGGAGGAGAAUAUCUGUGGGAUGAUCCAGAGUCCUGGAAUCCUGAAGUGGGAACGGCGUAGUUUUGUUAAAGGAGGACCUCAAACUGACUUCACCAACAUGGGACAAUGCAAAGGGAAAGGUUACUUCAUGCACUUCAGCACAGCCGCUGCUAAUCCUGGAGACCAUGCAUUCCUGGAGAGUCGUAUACUUUACCCCAAACCUGGACCCCAGUGUCUGCAGUUCUUCUUGUACAACACAGCAGCAGCUGAUGAUGUUCUCAAUAUUUGGGUGAAAGAAUAUGACAAAACCAACCCCAACGGUACACUGCAACUCUUCAAGAGCAUAUUAGGGGGUGUCACAGGCUCCUGGAAACUGCAUAAUGUUAAUAUUAAUGUGACAAAGAAGGCCCGUGUGAUUUUUGAAGGGGUGAGAGGGAAAAGUCCUUCAGCAGGGGGGUUCUCUCUGGACGACAUCAACCUGUCAUCCACAAAGUGUCCUCAGUAUGUUUGGCCUAUCCGUAACAUCACCAAUCUGUUGGCAACAACACCAGUGGGAACCAACAUGUACAGCCCUCGCUUUCUGUCUCCUACAGGUUACUCCUUCCAGGUAAAUGUGUAUCUAAAUGGAGUAUAUAGCACUCCUGGGUACAUGGCUGUCUUCAUUCACUUGACCUCAGGACCCAACGAUAGCAGCCUCAAGUGGCCGUGUCCAUGGCACCAGGCGACCAUGGUUCUGAUGGACCAGCAGUCUGACAUCAGACAGCAGAUGAACAUGCACCAUAUGGUCACCACAGACCCCAACCAGAAAUCACCUAAUGGUACUGAAUUCUUCUGGGAUAAUCCUCGCAAGGUUGGUUCCAAAGUGACCAACCCUGAUGGCAGCUUCUACUACCGUGGUCCAGGUUAUGGAACGGCUGGCUUCAUUUCCCAGACCAGACUGAAGAGCAGAAACUUCAUUAAAGGGGACGACGCCUUCUUCCUUUUCAGUCUGGAAGAUAUUUCCGAUCUCCUGCUCCCUCAGCCUCUUCCCCAGUUUGGAGUUCAUGCUGAUACCAAAGCUACAGACCCAGAGUUUCCUCCACUCGAGUAUUCUAAAACCUCUGCGAUGGUUAUUGUUUUCAUUGUGUUCACUGCUGCAACCAUGUUCCUGAUGUUAGUGCUGGUUUUAGGAAACAUGUGGAUGAAGAAACAACUCCAGGGUGAUAAGGAACCGAUAACACAAGACAAACCUGAAUUCAUGAGCGUGUGAGUCAAGAAAUUAGAAUCAGUUCUAAUUCAUGUCAUUGCAGUUUAUAGCAGAAAUAAUUUCCUCUGCUCAUAAAGAUAAAGAAAACAGUCAUGUACUCAGUAAAUGUAGAUGCUUAUUUUUUUUGUAAAGCCUAAGUUUCGUGUUUGAAAGCAAAUACUGUGCUUUGUUUCACAGGUAUUUUCUUUAAUUUUUUUUUUUUCUGCUUAAACAGUUCAAUAAGUUGUUCGGUUGAAGUUGUCUGCUUGGUUAUAUUCUCUGUCUUGCUCAUUGUAUGGAAAAAAGACAUGUUAUAUUAACUGGGAAAAUGAUUGGAUUUUCCUGCUUUUCUUUUGCUUACAUAAUUACAAGCUGAGUAUCUGUUUUUUUUUUUUUUUUCUUUUUUUUUUUUUUGUACUGCUGGAUGAACAACACAAAUUGCUAAAAUACUGGCAUGACAGCUCUAUGAAAGAAAGGUACAGCAUAAUAAAAAAAGAUGUUGAAAAAGAAAAAAAAUCCUCUUCCAAACAUUUGUUUCCUUCAAUAAUUUUCUGGUUACAGUUACAGUAUACAAAACAUGAUUUAAUGUAGAUAUAAUAUCAGUUUGUUUAGAAUUUAUCUGGUAGAUAUUCGAUGUAGUACCAAUAGUAGCCACAGAGAGGCGCCACACAGUGUUUGUAAAGGGGCAUCUGAUUACAGUAGUGAUAAAUGACAAUCCGUGGAUUAUCAUUUGAAUGCCACAUUGACAGUAACACUUGAAAUACAGUUUUGUUUUGUUUGUUUUACUUCCA